AUGGCCCCCGCCGCCGCCGCUUGGCACGCUCGCCUGAGCCUCGCCGUGCUGCUGCCGCUGGUGUCAGUGAUUCUGCCAGCGGUAGCCCUGAGCGAGCAGUAUCCGACGCUGUCCUUGCUUAGGCAGGAGCUGCACCGCCCGCAGGGCCAGGGGAACAGAGGCUGUGCGGAGCUCCUGGUGGCUGACUGGGGUGGGGAAGCCGGCGGCUGUGACUCUUCAUUUUUGCACUUUCAUGAUGCAGACUGUGAACUACGAGGGUCUUCAGCUUGUGAAUCCUUGCUUUCAUUGAAUACUGAAAAACUUUUGAGCCAAGCAAAAUUGCUUGCUGAACAAAAGAGAUUUCCCUUUGCCACUGAUGAAGACGAUAUAAAUGAAGAGUUGGCUGUUGCUUAUAUAUUGAUUGGUAGUGGCCUUUAUGAUGAAGCCAUACGUCACUUCUCAACAAUACUCCAGGAACAGCCGGAACUUGUUAGUGCAAUUUAUGGACGGGGGAUAGCUUAUGGAAAGAAAGGAUUGCAUGAUAUAAAAAAUGCUGAGAUUGCUUUAUUUGAGCUGAGCAGAGUAAUUAGCCUGGAACCAGAUCUUCCGGAAGUAUAUGAACAGCGAGCAGAGAUACUGUCACCUUUGGGUCAAAUUAGUGAAGCACUGUCUGAUCUCACUAAAGCUAUUCAGCUAAAACCUUCAGCACGACUCUACCAGCAUAGAGGCACUCUUUACUUCAUGUCUGAGGACUAUGUGAUGGCCCAUGAAGACUUCCAGAAUUCCCUUGAGCUGAACAAAAACCAGCCUAUAGCUAUGCUUUACAAAGGGUUGACAUUUUUUCACAGAGGGCUUCUAAAGGAAGCUAUUGAAUCAUUCAAAGAAGCCCUGAAACAGAAAGCAGAUUUCAUAGAUGCAUAUAAAAGUCUGGGGCAAGCCUAUCGAGAACUGGGUAACUUUGAAGCUGCUACAGAAAAUUUUCAGAAGGCAUUGAUGAUAAACCAAAAUCAUGUUCAAACAAUACAGCUUCGGGGAAUGAUGCUUUAUCAUCAUGGUAGCCUAGAGGAGGCGCUGAAGAACUUUAAGAGAUGUUUGCAACUAGAACCAUAUAAUGAAGUGUGCCAAUAUAUGAAAGGCCUCAGUCAUGUCACUUUGGGACAAUUUUACGAAGGAAUAAAAGCUCAAACUAAAGUUAUGUUAAAUGAUCCUCUUCCUGGUCAGAAAGCUAGUACAGAAUACCUGAAAGUGAAAUAUCUCAGAGAAUAUUCUCGCUAUCUGCAUGCACAUCUUGAUACCCCACUUAUGGAAUACAACAUGGAUAUGGAUCUUCCUGGGAAGUUUAAAGAUCAUUGGGCCAAAAAUCUUCCUUUUCUUAUAGAUGAUUAUGAAGAACAGCCAGGGUUACAACCACAUAUAAAGGAUGUGCUUCAGCAGAGAUUUGAAAAUUAUAAACCCGAAAUACAAGAGAUGAUAUGUGCAGCUGAUCACUUGGGUUCACUCAUGCAAUAUGAGACCCCAGGGUUUCUUCCAAACAAGAGAAUACAUAGAGCAAUGGGGCUAGCUGUGCUAGAAGUAAUGCAAGCGGUACAACGAACAUGGGUGAAUGCAAAGGUCCGGAUAAAUGGAAAAUCCAAGCUGAUGCAGUGGAGAGAUAUGUUUGACAUUGCUGUGAAAUGGAGAAGGAUAGCUGACCCGGACCAACCAGUACUAUGGCUAGACCAAAUGCCAUCUCGAAGCCUUAGGAGAGGUUUUAAUAAUCAUAUCAGUCUAAUCAGGGGACAGGUUAUUAAUAUGAGAUACCUUAACUACUUUGAAAAGAUACUUGAUUUUAUUAAAGACAGGAUCCGGGUUUAUCAUAGUACUCAUAAUCACAAAGAGCUUGUAGACAUUCGAGAAGCACUGGACCAGGUACAUAAAGUAGAAGAACUUCUCCCAAUAAUGAAGCAGUUAAAUAGUAAAACAAGAGAUGGAUUUACUGUCAGCACCAAAGUCCCUAGCCUCAAAGAUUCAGGGCAAGAAUAUGAUGGAUGCACUAUUACCAUAACAGGAGAUAAGAUUGGGAAUAUAUUAUUUUCAUUGGAAACACAGACAACAGAAGAAAGAACACAACUGUAUCAUGCAGAAAUUGAUGCUCUUUAUAAAGACCUAACUGCCAAAGGAAAAAUGCUUGUUUUAUCUGCCGAACUUGGGGAGGCAGAUGCUGUGUGCAACCUAAUCCUGUCUCUCAUAUACUACUUCUAUAAUUUAAUGCCUCUGUCCAGAGGUUCCAGUGUAGUGGCUUAUUCAGUAAUAAUGGGAGCAUUGAUGGCAAGUGGAAAAGAAGUAUCAGGAAAAAUUCCUAAAGGAAAGUUGGUAGAAUUUGAAGCUAUGACAGCACCUGAUUCUGAGACGUUCAGUAAAACAGCAAAAGAUUGGCUGAAUCUGAAAAGCAUUUCACCUUCUUACAAAAGUCUUCCAUCAGUAUCUGAAUCUUUUCCAACAUUACGGACUAUGAUUGAAGCCUUGAGUACAGAUUCAUCAUAUUGUCUUAAAAGGCUUUAGUUGCUAUAUAACAUCCCAAUAAAGAGCAAUAUCAUCUUC